CUUGUUACUAUUGUAACAGGUAUUAUCCAACAGCGGAAGAUAUGGAAACUUACAGGAAAUUCAAAGACAGACAGGCAGAGCUUGAACAUGCAGACCAAUUCAUGUUGCAGCUUUGUGAGAUUCCCCAUCUUAAAACAAGGUUGGAUGUGUUGAUGGUCAUCAAUGAACUCCCUGUUCAAUAUGAAGACCUUGCUCCGACAAUUGACAGGGUCCAUGAUGCCUGCAAGUUGCUUUGCUCCAGUGAGAAAUUUGUGUCUGUCCUGGAGCACGUUCUUGCCAUUGGAAAUUUCAUCAACAGUGGGUCAGCUCAAGGGGUUUCCAUGGGCUUCAGACUGAUUUCGUUGCCAAAGCUAGCAGAUUGCCGGGGCAGAAAUAAGUCAUGCACACUCUUAAAGUAUGUCGUUCAACAGAUCAAGAAAGACAACCCUGAACUUCUCAGCUUCAUUGAUGAAUUUAUGCCUAUGACUCGACUCUUUGAUGUGUCUGUCAAGGCCUUGGAAGCAGAAGUUGAGGUGAUGAAGCGGGACCUAAACAACGUCAAGAAGAACAUGACAGUUCUUCUUAAAGUCGAAAACCCAUCAGAAAGAGAUGUUGCAUUUUUUGAUGAUGUUGCUGCAUUUGUGGAGCAGUAUGGGCGAAAACUAGCAUCCUUGCAGAAAAAAAGUGAAGAAAUGAAAACGGCAUAUGAACGAAUGCUGGAGAGAUUUGCCGAGCCACAAGGGGUUGACUCAAGUGAUAUUUUUACUGCCAUCAGUGAUUUUGUCAAGGCUUUCAAACGGGAGAUGGAUCUUAUACAUGCUGCAGCUGGGCUUGGAAGGAGAAUGUCCAAGAUGAAGCCUCUCCAGCCAUAUCAUAAGAAAGAGGGUAGAACACACAUUGAAAGAGUAAUUGAACAGUCAUGCAGUGAUGCCGAUUCUGAGAAAAAGGUCAUGAAAGGAGGAAGUGUAGAUGAUACUUCUAAUCAUGUCGCCACCCUGAGGAAAGCAUUCAGUUCAGACGACAGCAAGCCAUACAGUAAGCAUGGGCAAGAAAUACUUAAGGGAUUUCAGAACAAAAGGCAAGACAGGAGGCCGACUUGGAAUCCAACAAAAGAAGGCUAUUUGGAAAAACUUAGCAACACCAAGACGCCGCUUACCUCUUCAUGGAAUAGACGCUUCUUUGAGCUAACAACAAAUGGUCACCUUUAUUAUAGUAAGCGGAAAAAUGAAAAAAAUGUGGAGUCGAUUUAUUUGCGAGGCGUUCCUGUGGCACUUGAAGAUGAUAAAACUUUAACUGUGCAGACUGAAGAAAGAUGUUACAAGCUUCGAGCAAAUUCCAGCAAGGAAGCGCAACAGUGGCUGGAGUGCCUUCUUUUCUACACGCACAAACCAGCCAGUGUUCCAAAACGGUCACCCACACCAAAAACAUUUGAGGUGCACUAACAAUCAUACUUACUUAUUUCAAUCAGUUUGCUAGUGAACUUUUGUUUUGUGACCAUUCUCUGGAAUUACCACAUUGUUUAAACUUAUUGAUUGUUUAUUGGUUUGGCGUGGAGUUGAGUUGUUAUUAUAUUUUAUAUAACCGACAUACAGAUCCUUGUCAUUUGAUAGGUGGAACUGACAUCACGUGACAUUCGUUAUUGCUCCCAUUCACGUCGGGGCUCAAGAAGCCCCAUUCGCCCAUGGGAAAUACUAUUCAACAGUUGGGAUCAUUCUUGUUCCAUGAUGUAUUUGUGUGCAAAUGCAUGCUGGUGUGAAAGGCUCAGCCAGCACUACAGAGUUGGGUCCAAACAUUUUCGUGAAGGGGUCGUUUGGAGAAAGAAAUACGUUUUCCAAAUAGAGCUCAGUUAAAUUACUAGUGCGCUGACAAAGUGAUUCCUGCUGGGCGUACCAUGUUUGUGCAAAUUCCUAUGGAAAACUCGAAAUUGUGUACGUAUGCUGUGCGUCAAUUUGCAUAUCUGCGUUUGUAUUCUGUACAGGUGCGUUAUUGGAGCUGAUACGCCCAAAACCGCGAAGUACGAUCAGCAAAUGAGCAUUUUAUUUUGCUCUACGCAAACAGCGCAAUACGUGCGCGUAUCAGCUGCGGGAUGAUUAACAUGACUUUAAAAAAAAACACCAUCGGUGACGAGCUUGCGCGUUGCAAUUUAGAGUACACUUUCAAUAUAAAAUCAUCUAAUUUGAUUAUGCUCUACAAACGCCCACAUGAAUUCAAAAUGUCUGCCCCCAGGAUGGCUUCAAAGCGUCUCCGCGCCCAAGAAUGAGGAGUUAGCGCUCUAGUAAUUUAAUAUAGCUCUGGUUUUCCAACCAAUCUUGUAUUGGAAUAACAUUUUAAUUUAAUGAUCUUCGCCUCGUGAAAUGGAAAAAGUCCAGAAUUUACGGAGCGAUAAAUAUUCCUCCCAUUUCACUCUGAGCCACUCGAUAUUGUAUAAUAUUGUUUUGUAAUUGUAUUUUAAAAACUUCCUGAAAUAUAUUUGUAAUGUACAUUAUAUUUUGCGUUAAUGUUAGAUUGUGUUAAUUUGUAAAGCAUAAAUAGUUAUGUGAAUUCGUCGAAAAAUCACUGAGGUCUAUAUUUCACACUACAAAUUUAACCUGUAUGUCUUUUAGGGUCGGAUUGUCACAAAUCUCUCCUCGGCAUUUAUUUCAGACAUUAUCCUCAUCGUUUUUAAAGCACAAAGCUUGUUCAAAACUAUCUGUUUUUGAAUAACUGAUUUAGAAUCUUUGGGAAGUUUAUUAAACUCUGAACUUGCCAUUAA